AUGUCGACUGCUGCACGGAUUCAGCAGAUACAGCUCCCCACCCUGUCGCGCUUCUUGGCAGACUUCACGUUGGGAUUCGCAGAUGGCCUGACGGUUCCCUUCGCCCUCACCGCCGGGCUCUCAUCUUUAGGUCAAACCGACACAGUAAUUCUUGCUGGGAUGGCAGAGAUCGCGGCGGGUAGCAUCAGCAUGGGGAUCGGAGGGUACCUCUCUGCAAGAGGAGACAUCGCCGCAGCGGCUGCCACUGCUGGGGGUGAACCUACAUUACCGCAGCACGAUGUCUGCCUGGACCCGGAGAAGGCAGCGGCACAAGACAAGUAUACGACGGUGGAAGAUUACCUUGGUCCUCUACGAUUGCCUCCUCAUCUACUUGAUGCCGUGCGAGCACAUGUGGACUCCCAGCCGGCUGUUGGUCGUGCUAUACUGGCUCGAGACGAAGCCUCAAAGAGCAGCCAAGUGCGGGAAGUUGCCGAACAGCCAUGCUCGCCAGUUUUAAACGGAUUCUCGGUGUCUUUGGGCUACCUUCUAGGCGGCCUCUUGCCGCUUUUCCCCUACUUCUUCGUUGCCGAAGUUGCAGCUGGGCUGAAGUGGAGCUUCGGGGUCUGUAUCCUUGCUCUGUUCAUAUUUGGCUUCACGAAACACUAUCUUCUCCAAGAGGAGGUGGAAGACCGAACAUGGAGUCAUGCGUGGCACUACCACUCGCAGCGAUGCAAUCGAAUCAAGCAAAGUGCGUGGGAGGGUCUGCAGAUGGUGAUCCUUGGCAGCAUCGCCGCAUUCGCCGCUCUGAUUUGCGUCAAGGCUUCAGAGAACAUCGUGUCAUAG